UCUCAGGCCACCGUGACAUAUCUGGGCGUUGGAACGGGGGCUGAAUAAACUGAGUAAGCACGAGAUCUGCGCUUGCAGUAAAGGGAUUGCAAACAGUUGGGGCUUGUCCCAUUCGCAGAUACGCACCGGAGUGGCUUGAGACGGCUUUGGUUCUGCUAGGCGGGACUCUGCUCCUGGAGUUUAAACCGCCGGGUUUUCUUGCUUUAGGAAAUACUGCUGCAAAGAAAGCGCACUGUUUUCGGCCUUGAUCUUCUGAACACUUUUGCCAAAAUGCUCCUUUUGUUGUUGGGAAUCAUUGUGCUCCAUAUUUCGGUGCUUGUUCUUCUCUUCGUUUCUACAAUUGUCAGUCAAUGGCUCGUUGGGAAUGGGCACAGGGCCGACCUUUGGCUGAACUGCACCAUGCCUAUGUAUCAGUUUCGUUGCAUAACAUCAUCCACAAAUGAAUGGCUGCAAUCUGUCCAAGCUUUGAUGAUACUUUCUAUCAUCUUCAGUGUUAUAUCUUUGUUCCUGUUCUUCUGCCAGCUCUUCACGCUCACUAAAGGUGGACGAUUCUACCUUACUGGUAUUUUCCAGAUCCUUGCUGGCCUAUGCGUGAUGAGUGGUGCGGCCAUCUUCACAGUGAGACACACGGAGUGGCAUCCUCCCACAGACAAUGUCUCCUUCGGCUUUGCCUACAUCCUGUCCUGGGUGGCCUUCCCGCUGGCUAUCCUUAGUGGGGUGAUCUAUGUCAUCUUAAGGAAGCGCGAGUGAAAUGUCAGGGGAGGUCACUGAGACUAGCACCCUCAGGACAAGGGGUGUUGACAAGAUAGAAAAUGAAAAAAAAAAAAAAACCAACCAAAAACCCUCCCCAUCCACCUACACCCUGCCCUCCCCAAAUCCACAAAGAUAUUGAGGAAAAAGAGUUUGAAAGAGAGCUGAAAGAAGGGUUACUGUAUUCAUUGAAGAUGUAUAUAGUAUCUAUGGUUUAAAAAGCCUAUUUAUAACACUUUUUACAUAUAUGUACAGAGUACUGUUUGCUUUUGUUCGUUGACCUGCCACCAUGUUUAAAGCCUAAAAAAAAGUGCCUAAGAACUCUUAACUCCUAACAAUGUAAUGAGAGUGCCGCUUUUUCCUCCCCUCCUUUUUGCUGUGGAAACAAGUGGAUCCCUCCUCCAAAGCUUUCCACUGUCAGCCUCAAGCCAAGCCCAAUUCAAGAACCCUCCAUCUGGCCUUCCAACUAGGUAUGGUCUGCUACCCUGGCACCUACCUUUGCCCAUGCCUGCAUUGUGGCCCUGUUAACCAAAUGAUGGAGACCAAAUGCUACGCAGAAAGGGGAAGAAGGUCUACCCAAAAGCAGAUGGUGUGUUAAGGUAAGGGUGGGUGAGCCCAGCUUCUCAAUGCUUGGGAUGAUGACCAAGCUGUGGAGGGGUUGAAUGAGGUAUAUUGCCUCACUGAUGAUACAACCUGAAGCUGUUUGCCACUGUCACCACCUCCUAUAACCCCAGGUAUGAUCACCUGAGUUCCAUGUAGGAAAGAGAGGAUGCAAAGAUCCUGAAUUAGGCAUCAGUCUCAGGAAGGAAGGAAAUGUUUGCAUAUUUUGAAACAGCUGAGGCUGAGUUAGAUGAAAGGAACACUAUGGGUGGGAUGAGGAUCUAAAAAGCUCAGUGAAUUGAUUUUUAACUAGCCUAGUGGUUCUCUUCCAGCUAUGCCAGCUGGUCUUCAGAAAAGACUUUCCUCCAUUUCCUGGAGAAUAAGCUAAAGUGGAAAAGCUGAAUGAUGCUUUCUAAUCUCUAUGGUCCACCCCAUCCCUUCUCCUAAAUCCUCUGAAAUCAAAUACCAAAUCUGUGAAAUGGUGCUAUCUAUUUACCAUUCCUUAUAUUGCUAAGCCAUUUAACCCUUGCUCACUGGAAAGUGGGGUAACCAUUUUGAGAGAAGCCAAGGAAUAGGAAUGAUAAAUAAUUCUGUGUAAUAUAUACAGCCUAUAACUGCUUUUGUAUGUAGGAAAGUUGCUAUCCAUUAUUAUUACUAUUUUUUUUUAAUAAAGCACUUAUAACCAAGGAUUUUUUUUUCCCCUUCAUGGGAAGAAGGGAAGUAAGCAACCCUCUAGAACUUACAGAACCCACUACCGCCACCAAAGCUGUUCUGUAACCUUUUUCUGUCCUUCCAGAAACGUCUGGGAAUGAACUGUACAGGUGACCGCCCAUAGUGGCGUAGGCAGUGCCGUCUAAUGCUACGAUUCCAGGCAUUAUUAUGCAAUUAUUUUGCUUUGCUUUUCUGAUUUUAUACCAGCUGUGUGGACUAAGAAGCAACAAAAUAAAAGCCAGAAUAACUCAA